AUGCUUGAGCGCUUCGACAAGGAGCGGAACGAACGACGGAGACUCCCGCCGCCGCAACUCGCCUUCCUCCACGUCGGGGAGCAUGCCCUUUUCUCAGAGAACCCUGCCGUCACGAUCCAGGUCAUCCAACCACGCAACCCAGCAGCACGGAUUUGCGGCAUUGACGGCCAGCCUUCCGUCAAAGAACCACCUCCAUACGUAUCCUCCCCAGCAAGCGACAAGUCCGCUGUUCAGCCCCUUCGCAUCCCGCACGCCGCAUCUCCCGCUUCCCCCGUCGGCAACGUUGACUUGAUCGACCUCGAAGACCGCCCCGCCCCGUCCUCACAAGGCCAUAAAGUCGUCCGCUAA